AUGGUUGGGUUCGUAUUAACCACAGUUAAGUUCUCCGCGUAUAAAUAUCGAAGGUCUCCCGCCUCCUCUUUCAUUUUCAAAAGCUCUCAUUCUCUCUCCAAAACCAAUCGAAAUGGCAGCUACUCUUCUCCUUUUUUACGACAUUUUUCUUAUGUCUUCAUCUUCUCUUCUCCUUCUUUUCAUCGCUUUUUUCCUUAUUUUUUUCUCGCAAAUUUCUCCAAAUUUCAGGUUGUAGCUCAGAAAUUAAAGCAAGAAGAGGUCACGGAGCAGAACUCCCUGCUUCUGACAAGGAAUCUGCUCCGGAUCGCAAUUUUCAACAUCAGCUACAUCAGAGGACUGUUUCCAGAGAAGUAUUUCAAUGAUAAAUCAGUUCCUGCACUAGAGAUGAAAAUAAAGAAGCUGAUGCCGAUGGAUGCUGAGUCUCGGAGGCUGAUUGAUUGGAUGGAGAAAGGUGUUUAUGAUGCAUUGCAGAAAAAGUACCUGAAAACGCUGUUGUUUUGUGUCUGUGAGGCAAUUGAAGGACCGAUGAUUGAGGAAUAUUCCUUUUCUUUUAGCUAUUCAAGCUCGGACAACGAAGAGGUGCAUAUGAACGUCAAUCGCAUUGGUGAUAAGAAGCAAGGAGCCACGUUCAAGGCUAACACACUGGAUAUUACACCCAACCAAAUGAGGAGUGACGCUUGCAAAAUGGUUCGGACCCUAGUUCAGUUAAUGAGAACUCUUGAUCGUAUGCCAGAAGAGCGCACUAUUUUGAUGAAGCUGCUCUACUAUGAUGAUGUAACGCCAAGUGACUAUGAGCCCCCGUUCUUCCGAACUUGCUCCGAACAAGAAGCCAACAACCCCUGGAUGAAAAGUCCUCUGAAAAUGGAAGUUGGGAAUGUCAACAGCAAGCACUUCGUAUUAGCUCUGAAGGUGAAGAGUGUUCUCGAUCCCUGCGAGGAUGAGAAUGAAGAUAUUGUAGAAGAGGAUGAUGUGAGCUUGGGUGUUGAUUCAUUACGAGGAGAUGAUUCUUCCUCCUCCGACGGGGAGGUUCACCACUCACAGGAAGAUCAAUACAUUGUCGCACCGAUAGGUGACCGACGGUCCCCUGAAAACAAUGGCUUGAUCGAUGAAGAUGAAACGCAAGACCCUGAGCAGGAUGAAGAAAAGUUAGCUCGAGUGAGGGACUGGAUUUCUUCUAGGCACACCGAGACCGUCGAUCUGACUGACGUUCUUUCAAACUUUCCCGAUGUAUCUGUGGUGUUAACAGAAGAAAUCAUAGAUAGGCUGAUAAAAGAAGGGCUUCUAACUUCAGCUGGAAGGGAUAGUUACACCAUAAACAAGCCAAAGAAGCUCAAUCCUGCAUUUGGAGCUGUGAAGGAAGAGACCGAUAUGGAAAUCCCAAAUGGUGAAAAGACUCCCAAUGAUCAGGCUCUGUACCAUGCACUUCCCAUGGAUUACGUGACUGUGUCAAAGCUGCAGAACAAGAUGAAAGGAGAAGCUAACCAGACCACCGUUCGGAAGCUAAUUGAUAAGAUGACGCUAGAUGGAUAUGUGAAGAAUGAAGAUCAACCUUCUAAAAAAUCAGGCUGGUUAUCCAUGUCCUACACAGGCGGCAUGCUUGUAGAAACAUGCUACGCCACUGCCUGUAGGUGGUCAGUUAUCCUUACAUUUGCAGGAUUGCAGGCUCUGUACCAUGCACUUCCCAUGGAUUACGUGACUGUGUCAAAGCUGCAGAACAAGAUGAAAGGAGAAGCUAACCAGACCACCGUUCGGAAGCUAAUUGAUAAGAUGACGCAGGAUGGAUAUGUGAGGAGUGGCAGAGGCAACAGAAGACAAGGCAAGCGAGUCAUCCACUCCGAGUUAACCACCAGGAAGUUUCAAGAAGUCAAGAAAGCCUUAGACAACACAACCUCGCCAAUGGAAAUCGAAAUCAACCGUUCUGGACCGCCUAACAAAUCCAACGUUUUCGAUUUUCCUCCGACAGAGAACAACUUCAAGGACAUGUCCACCUGCGGGGGAAUCCAGUCCAUUGGAUCUGAUAUAACCCGCACUCGAGGGAGAUCUAACGCACUUCAGAACGGAUCGGUUCGGAGCGAGCAGACAACGUGCGCCAAGACGAAGGAGCAGGGCAACACCCCCACGAGCAUGGCCGAGCCAGCAGCUUCUGUGGAGAGUGGCGUGCCUGGAAACGGGAAAGAGGGAGGCGACGGCCAAGAUGUCGAUGCUACAUUGUGCAGUCGCUCCAGCCGAGACAAGCGCUUCAGGAAGGCAAGCACGGUUAAGGAGCCGAUACUUCAGUCAGCAAAACGCCAAAAACCUGCCGAAGUAGUAUGAAAGCUGUUACUGGCUUAAAAGAAUGGAUGCGUUGGGCUCAUGUUCUCUCUUUGGCUGAUUUUUGUUUUUUUUCCUCCCCAUUUGUGGGUGGAAUUGCUAUAAUACUCUCUUGCGGCAUCAACCACUCAGGUAACUUGUUUAGAAAAUCACUUGAAGCAAAGGAAAAUUCAAUUUCUGCCU